GUAGAGUAGAGGAAUGAGGAGGAAUCCGUAUAUCAAAAACUUAAACCUUUAAUUAUUUGGGAAUCUAAUCGUUCUACUUAGGCUUAAACUUAUCAUAUUUUCAGAUAGUUUUUAAAUAAUCUUUUUUAAAUUUAGAAUAAAAUUUUAUUUAAUAUGAUUGCUGAAGCUUUUUGAAAAUGUUCUUGUCAUUCGUAGUGUGGUAACAAGGGGGAGACACUGCAAUCAGGUUUGUUUUGUAAAGUUUGAAAGUGACACACUUCCGCUAUUGAGUCACAAAACAAAUUAGAUGGUGAAUUGUUGAAUAAUAAAGUAUGAAACAGAUACUAUAUUUAUUUACUUGAUUCUGGCUUCAGUACUACACAUAGUGUAGGGCUACAUUGUUUGAUUGUAAGUUGACGUGGAAACGAUGACACAUUUUUUCUAUAAAUAUAUAAUAUUAAUAUAUGGACAAAACACUGCUUUUGAUUUUGCUAAAAAUAAAUUGUAAAAUAACCCAGACUCCGGACUUCAAUAUAUAAAUUAUAUAUAUUUCCUAUACUACUGACUACUUAUCUCAUAUUUAGAAAGCAGGACUCCGUUAUCUAAAUAAAGUGAAUUUAGUGAUAUUUUGGUAAAUUUGUGUUAUAAGUUGGGCCCUAUAUUACUUAUUUAAGUUUUUAUUGUUUGAGUAGCCUACUAAGUAGUGUAGUCAGUGUGUUAAAAUUUAUCAGACUCCUACCUACUCAAGUUAAAUUCCACCAAGUUUAGUUAGUAGUAGUAGGUACAAAAUGAGUAUAUGAAGAUGUAGUGCUUGAUUAUAAUUAUUCUACUUAGUACAGUGUGGUAGUGGUAGGUUAUAUUAGAAAUAAAGGAGCUUAAGUUUCAAUAAGAAAUUUGAAAUAUUAAGUUAUUUGGCUAAAUUAGAGUAAUAUUAAUACUGAAAGUAGGGCUAGGCUAAUUAAACUUAUUAUUAUUAUUAUAAAACAUAACUUUACUUGGCUACUAUCUAUCGUACUCUUCAGUAUCAAUACUCAAAAGCUUUAAUUUUAUAUUAUUAUUAAUAGUUAAGCCAUAGGCAUUGUCUAUCCUACAAUCUACGCUAGAAUUGAAAUUUAGGCUUAGGCCUAAGGCUAAUUGAUAGUUCGAAGAGACUGGAUGGGGUGAGUUGAGCCCUAUAAAUAAUUGUGGAUCCUCAGUUCAAUUUGUUAUUGUCGCAAUGCUCAUGUGUACAACAAACAAAAUUUCCUGUUUUUCCAGUAAAAAAAGACAAACUCAAAUAUUUUAUAGUUUGAAAAAAAAUUCAUAGAUCAAAAACUACUUAAGCUAGUUAAUUUUUGAUUAUUUUUUCCAUAAAACUUUAUAAUUUAUAAAAUUAAUUAAAAAAAUUUUGUCAAGGCUAAGGCUAAGGCUACAUUCAAUGAAUUAUCCCAAUAUGUGUGGACAGAAGCAUUGUGCCCCACCUAUAGCAAAUUAUACCUAGGACGCUUUGCGUACUACCCAUCACAAAUUAUGCAUUCUGUGCAUCUCACCCUACCCAUCAUUGACCAUUUAGUUUUUCUAGGGCUUACUGAAUUUAAUGGUCAUUAGGGCAGUGAACCAGUUGUCAAAUAGCCUAGUUUAGGCCAAAGUUAAACUUUAGUUAGGGGGUCAUCCAUAAAUGUUGUCAUGCAUCUAGCGGGGAGAGAUGUCACUUAUUUGUGAUGAUCUAUUAUGAGGUUGUCUAAAUUGGGUGACAAAUCUGUGAUUAUGGUGGAGGGGUAAAAAAUUGUCCAAAAUAGUGUGAAAUCAUUUAUGGAUGGCCCUUAAGUCUUAAGUUUAGUUAAGAAAUUAUAAAAUAGACCCUAGGGCUAAGGCUAAUUGAAUAGUCCCAAACCCAAGUAAUCACAGAUUUUAAAUUCAGUUAUGACACUCCAGAAAUAAGACUUUACUAAAUUUGUCCAAUAAUUUUUUUAAAAAACUUUUGGGCUUAGACCAGGGCCAACUUACUAUGCUGUACACUGGCAUAAGUUACUGUGUGUACUUAUUAUUAAUAAUAUUAAUAAUCGAAAUCUGUAAGCCUUAGUCUAAUUUAUUUUUUCUUUCUGUGUUAAAAAGAUAGUUUUUGUUAUUAUAUAUAGCCUAGCCACGGGGCAGACUAGUAUAAUUAUUAGUUCAUUAAAGAGAAUAGUAAACCAUAGAAAAAGAUUAAGGCUUAUUGUGCCCAUUUUUAAAUUCAAUUAUUUUGAUAAAUUGUAUUAAUGUACCGGUACUGUAAGUCUUAAUAUUUAACUUGAAUAUACUAAACUUGACAGAAUUGAAGAACCUUGUAGAGUCUUGCUUCAUAAAGGAAAGUCUUGUCUUAACACUUGGGAUUUAGCAGUGUUAAAACGCAAAAUAUUGGUAAGCCAGUUAACUCCUUUAAAUUUGGCUUCACCGAAUAGGUAGUCUUUAUUCAGUCCAUCACUGGGCUUAUCUUAAAAUGUUUCUCAUUUAAUAGAUUUACAUUAGUGCAGGCCUGCACAACAUGCGGCCUGCCAGCACCCACUUGGCGGCCCGAGAAGUAACGAAAAAUUCUUUAUUAUUAUUAUUUUCUUAAUAGCUUUCUCCCCAUGCUAUUAUGUUUCGGCCCGCACAAGUUUUUUUAUAAAGUAUUACGGCCCGCACACAUUUUUCAUAAAGUAUUAAGGCCCACCUUACAUUUUGAGUUGUGCAGGCCUGCAUUAUUGUAUUUAAUUUAACUUAUUAAUGUAGAGCCAGCAGUCUAAAAACUAUUUGAUAAAGUAGCUACAUUUGUGGUGAGUGUGAGUUAUAAGUAAAAUUUGCCAGACUAUAAUUUAUAAUGAUAUUAAAACCCAAGAAUUUAUGCAAUUUAAAUGUAAAUUAAAUAAUAAUUAGUUUGUCAUUUUGCUUAGGUAUGAUUUUUUCCAUUGAGUAGUGUAAUGAUAGUUACUUAACCUCAUCUACCUAGUAUAUUAUUAAUUCAAUUAGGUUAUAUUAUAUUAUACAACUAAUAACAUGUUCAUUUAUGCUUUGUUUUAUUCAUUUAAUUUCAGUUUGAGAAAAAUGAAACUUCUUUCCAUUGCUGUAUUGAUUAAAACACCAGAAGGAAAAGGAAAACUAUUAACUUCUAAAAAUGAAUUAUCCUCUUUUGGCUAUUUCCAGAGGUCUACGUAAGUUGUUUAUUACUUUUAAAAAAAUAAAACAUCUUUCAUGUUCCUGGGAUUAAGUAUUUAAAAAUCAAGUUUUAUUUGUAUAGCUUCAAUAAACUAUGUGGAGCCACUAACAUUUUAAACUAAUGAGUGAAAUUUUAAAAAAAUAUUGAAAUAAAAUUCUGUCACAACAUGACAGAAAUAAUUAGCUAAUUUAUUUACCUGUUUCUUGGGUAUAAAUAAUACUGAUACUGAUAUUAAAAACACAAAAUAAUUGCUAAUAUAAAAGUUCUCCUUACCUUAAUUUAAAAAAAAUUAAAACAAUCAUAACUCAAUGACUGAUAGUUUUAGAGUUAAGAUUUUUUUCAUUUAAAACUUCAGGAUACUUCUAAUUAGCAACAUAUAUAAUAUAUUUUGACAAUAUUGUUUCUUUUGGUCUCAUAUGUGAUUAACUAGAAAAUUCUAUUUUGUGUAUUACUUUUACAUUUUUUAUAUAGUAUGUUUCUUAUUUUAUUUAGAAUAAGUGAAUUUAUGACCUUUACAAGCAAGAUUCUUGUAGAAAGAACCGCAACUGCUUCAAGGGCAUCUGUGAAAGAGCAAGGUAGUCAUUAUACAUGAACCAGGCCUAUUUUCUGCUAAUUUUAAUUUAUUAUGAUAUUUGAUGUAAUAGUUGUAUUGCUGAAUUUUCUUAGAAAUCAGAAAUUUCCAUUAAAUACUUCUGAGUUUGAAAAUGAUUUUUUUCAUUUGGUCAUAUUUUCCAGAAAACAUAUGUCAUGUCUAUGUUAGAAGUGACAACUUGGCUGGCGUUGUAAUUGCAGACCAAGAGUAUCCACAGAGAGUAGCUCACACAUUGAUCAACAAGGUACAGCUAGCUCCCUCUUACCAAACUUUUAAAUAAAAUAAUUAAAUAACAUUAUGAUAAUUAGUUUUCUAAAGUUUUUAACAAUUUUGUUCAGUAUUUAUAUUAAUAUAAUGUUUAUAGAAAUUGUGGCUUGAAAUUAGAACCAGACUUGAUAUGAAUUGUUGUGGCAGAUUGCUAUUGAUUAUCAUUUCAUUACAAAGUCAUUAACAUAUUUUAUGCUCCAGAUAUUUUUAAAAAGUAUAUUGUUAUAAUGAAAACAGUUUUACUAUUAUUGAUUUAAUUGUUACUAUUAACUGCCUUGUAAAAUAAAGUAAUAAGGAUUAGUUUUUGGAACACAAUCAAAUAAUGAGAAAUGGUUCAAAUUAUAAAUGUAUAUUAUUUUACAGAUUCUAGAUGAGUUUCAAGAGAAAUGCCCCAAGUCACAAUGGUCUUCGAUAAAAGAAAAGUUAGUGUGUUUUAAAGUUUUAAAAAGAUUAUAUAUAAUGUUAGAUUAGAAAAGAAAUAUUUUUAAAAAUCAAUCAUUGUCAAUCCUUUUUUCCCCCCUAGUUUAAAGACCUAUUUUGUUUCUUUCAGUGAAGCACCUUUCCCUCAGUUAGCUGAAUAUCUACAGAAGUAUCAGGUAGAUAAACACAAAUUUUGUUAUGAUGAUGUUUUGUGGUGAUCUGAAUUAUGUUUUACUAGGGAGAGGUAUCUCUCGUAUGAGAUCUCCUCUUGGCACUCUGUCUAGGGAUUCAUUUAAUUAAGCCAAAUUGCCGUACUGACAUAAUAGCCUAUCUAUAUACAUAUACAUAUAGACUGAAACGAAGUCUUUGUUACAGGAGAAAAUAAUUAUAAGUAUUAAUUGACUAAGGGUGUUUACAAUUUACUUAGUAGUACACUCUUGAUGAAUAAUUUAUAUACAACAAAGGGAUAUAAUAAAAUUAUAAAUGUAUAUCAAUGAAAUACAAGUGUCCCUAACAUACUGACAGUGUCCCUAACAUACUGACAGUGUCCCUAACAUACUGACAGUGUCAUCAUUAUUAUUGCUAUAUUUGCUCAAGGUCUUAUGUUCAAUCGUAGUGGACUUAAGCCUUUAUAGUUGCACUGAUGAUCUCGGUGGAUCAGAAAUGUGUGGGAGUUCCUUCUUUUCAAGAAGUGUGUCCCCCGUCCCGGUCUUCGGAGCUUUUCCAAGCGAAGCAAAGUUGGACUUCCCGGUCGUAGAUUCCGUGCGAUCUCUGUGAUGGGGAAGUAAACUCUCCAGGGAUAAAUCGGGGGUGGUAAGAGUCCCUGGAUCUCAAGGUCCUUCUAUUAGCUGUUGGUAGUUUGGUGUGGGAUGUAAAUCGAUCCCCUAGUUCCAGCUUCAACGUACGUCGGUCUAGUAAGAAUAAACCAGGCUAAAGGCAUAUUGAUACAAAAUAGACAAGUAUCCAGGCGAAUAGUCAUAAGCUGACAAGUCCCGAUCCAACAGCAACGAAUUCAGAUCGAUGUAUGGAGGGUGACAUAGCUUGUACAUAAACAUCCAAUUUGUGGAUAGAUUUAUAAAUCUUUGUCAUUGUUGGCGUAAGCAUAUGUUGCCUCACAACAAUGUUGGACCAAGUGAGCAUUUUAAAUAAAGUAUGGGACUUUGAAUCAUUAAUAACCAUUUAUUUCAUAGGUACAUAAUAAUUUAAUAUACAUAUUGUCAUCUUGUUAAAAGAGACAUCGGCGAGUUGAAACAACAACCUACCAUCUCUAUGAUGGGAUGGCGGUGUGUUGUAGCCCUCUGCAAAGUCAAUAUUAGAAUACAUAAUAUAUCAAUCACAAUCGAAUCCUUGCUACAUAAUUAUAUGAACAUAACAAGUGCAAUAACAAAAUAUAAAAAUCAUGGUUCCGUACUUACUAGUAUUCUAGGUUGCAGUUAAUGAUCAUGCUAUGACGUCCUAAGUCUAGUUACCUCCAGCGUUCACAAUCAAGUGAUAAGAUCAUAAAAGACAGAUUCUGAUCUGCUCUUGCAAUUUAUUUAAGUUGGUUGAUAUUUAAUUGGGUGGUUUAAAUGUUGUUUGUUCUCCAAUCCAAUGAUAAUCACUUUUAAUGUUGUGGGUUUGACCUUCUACCAACAAAGUUUAUCGGGGAGAAAGGUGGGUUUACGGUGGAAGAAUUUUAUAAUGUCCAGCCUCAAACCAUCACAUCAACUAAAGCAACUUAUUUACCUACUAGCUAAAUGCUCUAUUCAGGGUUGCAGUCUGGAAAAUGGGAAAUAGUCUGGAAUUCAUUGAAUAAUUUGCCCGGUCCUGAAAACCGGGAAAAUGGGCCUUCUUGUAAGGAAAUUUUCCGGAUAGUCUCGAAUUUUUUAAUUUGUACAAAAUAUUAAUAAAUUUAGCUUUGGAGGCCAUGAAAAUUGAAGUUAAUCACAGAUCGUGUCUAUUUUUAGCCUUUCUGUUAUCAAAAGGACCUUGCCAAAAUGCGAGUAGUUUCUCCUUAGCUGUGCAUGCGUUUUGAGCGCUACGAGUUUCUAAUGCCGCACUACUUUGAUAGACCAGAAAUAUUUAAUUUCUGUUCAGUUUGCCGAUGAGAGAUGUUUGGGUAAGUGAAAUUCUAAAAUAUGGUAAACAAUUAUUUGAAUCUAGUUUUCAAUUGUGAGGCAAACAUUAUAAAUAGAAAACUAUUCAUCAAGGCGCUGUCUCAAAUGUCUAAGCUUAGCGUACUUUAUGUCUUAGUCUUAAUAAGAUGAUUUUCAACGGUUUUACUGAAUUAGGCAACACAUAUUUUUUUUGUUUAGUGCAAGGCAGCCUUUAACUUUUUAAAAGACUUUAAGUUCACUUUACAUUUAAUUAUGGAGUAGGCCUUCUAAAUUUAAAUAGGCUAAUAUGAUUAAGUUAUUUUGUGAUGUUAUUUUGGCAUAGAUUAGUUAACUAGUUUGCUUCUGAUUUCAGAAAGUUAUUUAAAAGUUAAUAAAAAAUAGUUGAUUAGACUCGAUACAUCAAUUCAGUGAGCUCAACAUAACUGUAUUUAGUUAGACUUUAUUUAUAUUUAUGCAUGCCUGUGCUCUAGGUAGGGUAUACUUUACGGUAUUAUACUAUCAUUCAUAAGCACAGUGGCGGGAGCAAGGGUUUUUUUUGUUUUUGUUUUUUGUGUGUCGGUUGGGGUACCCUUGGAGACCAAAAAAAAGGGGGGGGGGUGCAAUGAUCCAUUCCCCUGCGGAAAAUCCCGACUAUGCUGUUUCAUAUGCAUAUCUUAGUAUCUUUUCUGACUCUGUAUUACCGUAGUUUAGUAAUGGUACAAUAUAGUCUAUAAGAUGUAUGCCUUACUGUAAAUUAUAAACAUAAUAUGAUAAUAUAUUUUAUUUUGUUUCACUAUUCAGGAUCUAGGCUCCAUAAAAUAAUGUCCAACAGUUCCUUUAAAGACUAAUGGUCAGGACAGCUAUCAUGAUUGAACAAUUCAUCACUGCUUCACUAUGCUGGAAAUAUUGAUAUUGAGUAUUCAGGGCGAAAAUAUUUUAAAAAUGUUACUCAUCUGAUGAGACCUCAGUUUUAUCAUCUAUCUUAGGUGUCCACUUUGGCAACUUCUCAGCCAAGCUCCCAAUUUAUGUCAAAAUAGGAAACCCUCUUUGGAGAGAUUUUAUAGAGACUAAAGUGUGUUGACUCAAACUACCGGUAUCCAUUUUCAUCACAAAGAAGAGGACAUUAACUCCAUAUAAGAAAAUAUGCUUUCUACGUGUGGUAGCUAUACAUAUGUUCUAACAUGCCCAGGAGAACACACUGCAAAAGUUGCCCUAGCACUUUAAAAGUAAACAUCAACAAUUUUUCAAGUCUAAGUAAAUUGAAAAAUUGAAAUUUCUUGGAAUUUCAAUAAAUAUUUAUAUGUAUACACCUUAAUUGCUUAAUUUUGUGUUCAUUUGUGUUGUAUUUCAAUGUUGCUUUACUUUGACAAUUUCAUGGUUUUUAUAUUAUCAACAAAAACGCUGCAUUGUGAUACUCAGGAAUUUUUUUGUUUUUAGUUGGGAAAAAGUAGGGAAUUGUGUUUUUAAAAAAAGAGUGGGAACCAAGUCUAUUUGUAGUAGUUGUAAUUAAACUUAAUAAUAUUCAUGGAUGCAUUAAAAUAUGGUUACUCACAAAAUGCAUUAAAAUUUGUUUUUCAGAAUCCCAAAGAAGCUGAUGCUAUGACUAAAAUUCAGUCAGAGCUGGAUGAAACAAAAAUUAUUUUGGUGAGAAAAAUUAUUACAUUGUUUCAUAGAAAAAAUACAUUUUUAAAAAGUAUUUAAUUUAAAAUAAAAUUAAUUCUGAAUUUUAUGAUUACAUUACUGUUUUAAUUUCCCAGUUCAGAUGGAUGCGCCUGCGUGCCCCAAACAAUCAUUUACAUAUUCCUGAUCAACAUAACUUGUAGUUAGUUAGGUCUCUUGAUGUUAUACAAUAAUGUAGUUAAUUUAUUAAUAUAUUUUGUUAAAAGAAUGGACACUAAUUUUAGUUUAUAUCAAUUUUUUUUUCAAAGAUUUAUCCACAAAUUAUUACAUUUUGAUGUAAUAACUAAGUACCCCUACUGGUAUUUAAGAAUCAAAAUACUUUAUCCCAAAUGAGCCAUAGCAGGUUUUAAUAAAUUAAAAUUCUAAGCUGGUGAUGCUCUUUGAUUUGCUCAAACUAUGGGCUCAUGAGUAAGUAAGUGAGUUACAGAGUAAUUCAUAUCAGGUUUUAAUUUUGCAAAUCCCCUUUAAUAGGUUGUGGCAUUGCUUACUAUUGGAAUCGCUGUUACUAUUUAUUUUGUCAAAGAUAAAAGAAUUAACUUAAUAUUUACAGUUUAUAGAUUUGCCUAAUUUUUCUUGUGUUAGUUCACAUUUUGAAGUUUUUAAACCGGUUUCAGAACAAGAUGUCAGAAGUGUUAUUCUGCUAAACCUACGUCAUGUUCUUUGGACCCCAUCCCCACCCCUCUGUUGGUUGAGUCGUUAGAUCAUUUGCUCCCAACGAUAACCCAUAUAGUCAAUGAAAGCUUGUCUUCUGGCACUGUUCCCUCUAUUUAUAAGUCAGCUGUCAUCAAACCAUUGCUUAAGAAGCCUUGUCUGGAUGAAAAUAAUUUUUAAAAACUAUAGACCUGUAUCUAACUUAUCAUUCUUAUCUAAAGUCAUUGAAAAACUAGUUCUAAAACAACUUUUUGCUUACUUAAACUCCCAUUCUGUCCUAAUCAGCCGGCCUAUAGACCAUUCCAUAGGACUGAGACAGCUCUCUUGAGAGUCACCAAUGACCUCUUUCUGGCAUUGGACAGCAGUGAUAUCUCCAUCCUGAUCCUCUUAGACCUCAAUGCGGCCUUUGACACUGUUGACCGUGAAACCCUUUACAAAACCCUUGAAAAUUACUUUGGAAUUUCGGGAUCAGUUUUGGCUUGGUUUAGGUCCUACCGCUCCGAUAGAACGCAGGCGGUCACUGUCGAUGGCUGUCUCAGCAGUGCUGACUUGGUGUAUGGAGUGCCACAGAGGUCCGUUUUGGACCCGGUUCUAUUCACCAUGUAAACCAGGCCACCGCUCCUUUUGCUCAGGAGGAAUGCUGUGGAGAGCCAGUCAUUCGCAGAUGACACACAGCUAUACAAGCAUACCCAUCCCUCUCUUUUCCAUUCUGCUAUCAGGACUUUGAGGGAGAGCAUUAAUGAUGUCAAGACAUGGAUGACAGCUAGUUAAAGCUUAACGAUGACAAAACGGAAGCACUCCUUAUUCACGAUCACAAAUCAUCGUCUAACUCAACUCUCCCCACUUCAUUUCAUGUAGGUAACUCCGACAUACAGUUUACAUUCUCCGCUAGGAAUCUUGGUUAUAUUUUGUCUAAAAAAAUGUCUCUCGAUAAUCAUAUCUCUCACAUUUGUCGCUCUGUAUACACUGCAAUUCGUCAGAUCAGCUCCCUCCGCCACUACAUCACAUUUAGUGAAAUAAAAACCCUAGUUUGUGCUCUAGUUCCCUCUUGUCUUGACUAUUGUAACUUUCUUCUAUCAGGUUCACAAAACACUUCUUAGAAAAAUUACAAAAGGCUCAAAACUCAGCUGCCAGGCUAAUUCUAAAGGCAAAAAAAACGUGAUCACGGCACACCACUACUUUAUUCACUUCAUUGGCUCCCUGUACAAGCACAGAUUGACUACAACUCUCUGUUCUCUGCCACAACUUUUUCUUGAAUUCCUCCCCUUCCUAUCUAACCGAACGUCUCUCUUCUUAUUCACCCCUUCGACAGCUUCGCUCCUCCGCAAAUGUGCCCCCAAAGAAUGGAAUUCUCUUCCACUACACAUUUGCAAUAAAUCGACCAUCACAGCCUUCAAAACUGCACUCAAAACACAUCUCUUUAAACUUUACUAUCCUGACUGAUUCCCCCCUUCUGAUCAAUAAACAAUGGUGCUGGGUAGCUGUCCAUGGCUUGACAUGUAAAUAGUUCUUGAAUGUGCGGAGUGAAUAUACAUUUGUUUUGUUUUAUUUAAUUAAUGUAUGUAAAUUUUUAAGUUCUUGAUUAGUUUAUUAAAUUGUAUGUACAGCGUGGUGAGCCCAGCCCUAGGCUGACGUACCCCGCUAUAUAAAACCAACCACUAAUAAUAAUAAUAAUAAUAAAAAAUUGUAAUUUUUAUGUAUUUCUCUCCAGCACAACACAAUUGAAGCAGUGUUAGAAAGAGGAGAAAAAUUAGAUGACUUGGUAGAGAAAUCUGAAGGUCUCAGCAUGCAGUCUAAAACUUUCUAUAAAACGGUAAUUUUUUUAAAAACAAGAUGUUGCUCGACAUAAAAUUCAUUAUUUUAACCAUUUAACUAUAGUCAUUGGAUGAUUUCAAGAAUACUAUGCUUUACUGUAUUUUAAAAAAAAAAAAUAAUUAUACGUUAUUUAAGGUUAGAAAUCUUUAAAAAAAACUGUGCUAAAACAUUAGUUUCCUCAGUAAAUUACUUAUUGUAAAAGUGUAAUAUUAAAUUGUUUUGUUAUUAUGUCUUUUGUUGUUCAUAAUUUUCUAAUAAGAUAAGAUAAAAUUCUUUUAUUGAUCCAAACAAAUGGAAAUGUUUAUUUGAUUGCAUAGUACAUUUUCAGCAUACAUCUACAUUAAAUUAUUUCACUAGUGAAAAAAUCAGCCAUUCAGUGAAUUCUCUUAGCCAUAUCAUGGACUUAUUAGUUCUCAUUAAGAUUUGUGACUUCAUGGGGAGCAUGCUGGUAAAUUCGUACAGAUUGGGGAACAAAAGAAUUUUUCUAUCAUUCAGUCCUCGCCCUGAGAGAAAGAAUUUGUCCCAAACAGGCCGAUCCUAAGAAUCUGGGAUGAAGAGGGUGGGAUGUAUCAUCCAAAAUUUGUUUAGUUUUACAAUAACAUCUUUCUUCAAUUAAUUUUUCAAGUGAAGGAUGUUUAGUUUGUGUUCUUAGCUUUCUUGAUUAGUCUGUUUAUUUGGUGUUUAAUAUCAAAGGAUGAAUUCCCACACCAGCAGGUAAUAUUGAAAUUAAGUAGGCUUCCAAUUGUUGCACUGUAGAAUAAGUUAAGGACUUGUUUGUUUGCGCCGCAAUUGUACAGUUUUUUGAGGUAGAACAGACAGUCUUUGGUUGAAUUUCUUAUACAGCAUUUGGCAGUGCUCAUACCAUGUUAGCUUAUUGUUAAUGGCUACACCUAAGUACUUACAUGCAUCUACUUCUCUACACUUUUAUUUUUUAUACUGAGAUCUGUAAUCUGGUGUUUCCCCCUCCUGAAAUCAACAACCAUUUCCUAUGUUUUUGAGACAUUCAGCUGUAGAAAAUUUUCAUCACACCAAUUGAUAAAGCUUGUAACUAAGUUGUGGAAUAUAAGCCUUCUCCCUGAGAUAUAAGCCAACGAUGGUGCUAUCAUCAGCAAAUUUUAAUUGGAACGGUGUCGCUUGAGCUCUGAAUAUUAUUGGUAUAUAUUGUACACAGUACAGGCCCCGGUGCUUAUUUCUCUGGUUAGAGAAUUGGUCAUUUACCUUGACACAUUGUGGACCAUUUGUUAAAAAGUUCAGUAUCCAAGCAUGAUUAUUUAAAUUUACACUUAACAAGGAUGGUGUGGAUGGAAAAUGUUAAAUACUGAUGAGAAGUCUAAGAAAAGCACUCUGGCAUAUUUUUUAGGGCUGUGUAGGUUAUGGUAAAGUCUCUCCAACAAUAGUAAGAUAGCAUCCUCAGUGCUUUUGGCAGGUUUAUAAUUGUAAGUAAACUGGUGGGGGGUCAAGUUUUUUCUUCAUUCAAAAUUUGUCUCAGAAUAAGUUUCUCAAAACAUUUCAUUACAAUAGAGGAAUAGAGGUAAGUGCGACAGGACAUAAGUCGUUAUUGCAAGUUACCUUAUUUUUCUUUGGAAUUGGUAUGAUCUCUGAAGUUUUCCAAUUUUGUGGUAUUGUGUGAGUUACAUAAGAUUUAUUAAAUAUGUAAUAAGAAAAUUCAGGAGAGCUGCUCUGAGCAUAGUUUAACGAGCCGACCAUUUAAUUUGUCUGGCCCCGAGGCCUUGGCUGCGUCCACUUGUUUAAAUAACGACAUCACUUCCUGUUCGGUGAACCUAGUUUUAAAAUAAUUAUUGCCCAGUUUGACGUUUUUUCCUAUAGAUUUUACUAAAUGAAUUGAAGUUUGUGUUAUCAAAUUUGAUUAUUGAAACGUGAUCAUUAAUUUUUUUAAAUAUUCUUUUUCAGGCUAAAAAGACAAACCAAUGCUGUACUAUACUGUGAGGCUCACCAGAUAUAAUCUAGUGUAAUUUUAUAAUGAACUACUUGUUGUUGUCUUUGUAAAUAAAAUACAAAUAUUAGAAAUUAAAUGCGACACAGAAAUGCUAUCUCUUGCUCUGUAUCUUGUAACAGCUUCUUCUUAUGUUCAUGAUUUUCUGAUAGUCUUGUCUUUAAAUCGUUCAACUAAAGCCAAAUGGUGCAGAAGGUUUUGGUAUAAUAUUUUAUGGUAACAAAUUUUCAUUUAUAUUUUAAAAUUCAUACAUAUUUUAAAAUAAUACUGGUAUUUAAAAGAAAAAUAUUCUCUAAAUAUGUAUUUUUCUUCAGGUAUUUUAAGUAUUAGAUAACUAUUUUCAUAAAGCCUUUAGUGGAAACAUUUGCUGAUUUUUAAAAAGAAUCUUUGGAUUUGAAUUAGUCUGUUUACACUGCUGGUGGCUAUCAAUCUUUUCAGUUGAAACUAGUCAACACAUUUUAUUUCAAUAGUGGUUUACAAUUAAAAAUGUUUUUUUUUAUUUUUAACACUUAUAAAAACAAAUAUUUUUAAUGUCUUUGUUGCUUCUUUUUUUUUAAAGUUGUGUAUUGUUUAGGCAUCUUCAUUUUAUUUUUAUCAUAACCCCAUCAAUGGUAAUUUGGUUAAGAUUAUCUUGAGCACAAAAUAUUUAAAGUAUAUUGUGCACUCAGUGGAUAAAACUGUCUUAAAAUUAUUUCAAACUGUUUUUUUUUUAAAUUUCCUGUCUGUAAUAAUUUUUGGUUGUAAAAUGAUUGAAUAUUUGAAAUAACUAUUGAAAAUGAACAAUUUGGAGGUUAUUUUUCACUAAUACAGUACUACUACAUUAAAUACAUUAAUAAAAGUUUAACACAUUCCAACUUAAUCAGUGAGUGAGUGUUCCAUUGUAAACUUGCCAAAAAGCUAUUACAAGCCAGAGCUCAUUUUCUAACAAUGACUUUAAAAAAGCCAAGUACCAGCUUGCUGUUGUUUAAAAGGGGUGGGAAAAUCUUGGCAUACCUGAUUAGAGAAAAGGUCUGGUGAACAUCUCUAGCUCCUUAUAACCAACAAGAGAUCUCCUCUGUGUCUGUUCCCCUACAAGUAUAACAUGUAGCUGUAGGAUGCUGUUAACGUUUAAGUCACCACAGUAUUUCCAAUUAGAUAUUUUCAGCCACCAAUGAUCAGCCUUAGUAAGCAAAAUAGCAAUGGGACAAGACUCCUACUCCCUGUUAACUUUUGGACAAAAACAAAGACCCACACCACUGCCAGAAUACUCCAGGAUGUUCAGAAGGCCUUGUAGUUUUAUGUUUCAGAUUGUAUUGUAUCAAUUUUCCAUUUUGUAAGCGAUGUGCAUUUCUUACUUUUGCAUGUUAUGUUUUUAACUGAAAUAAUUAAAUUGGUUAGUCAUUUCUAUCUCUUUACCUGGCAUCCUUCGCUCUGUGAGUGACAAAUGUUGCAUUUCAUUCGAAUACACUUGUAUAGAUAUAUGAAAUGGUUAUUAUAUAUAGUUGUUGAAAAUGAAAAUUAAUUUUGUUCAGAAUUGUUGAGAAUUGCGAUUAAUUUUACUUGUAAUUAAAUUCUUUAUUACUACUACAAAGAAAGUUUUAAUGGGGAUAUAGGACCAGUGAAUAUUGUGAACAUUGCAUUGAGAAUUUCUUUGUGCAUUUCUAUACAAGAAUUAAAUACAUAAGAAUAACUCAUUUGUUAUCCACACAGUCAGGAUAAGUGAUUUCAAAAUGGAGAAGAAACAAAACUCUCAUUAUAAAUAGAUCCUCUAGGCAUUAACUUUUUCAAAGUUAAGUUUUUAAAAUGUAAGGGAAUAAAAAAUAUUUCAGAAUAGUAACUAAAUUUUUCAAUUUGUAUCUGAUUCAGUUAUAUAUAACUUUGGUCUUUGUACAUAGUUGUAAAUGUCCAUCUGUUUUUGUUUUUUUUUAAAUAAAAAAAAAAAGGAUCCGUGAAUGACCAAAAAAAACAACACCCUAUCUAAACUAUCUUCAUUGUUAUUGGAUAAGAGAUGGUGUUUAUUUAUUAAUGCAUGAGUAUUAAAGCAAUUUAUCUUAAUUGUUUUUUUAGUUAAUGAUGCUAUUGGUAUGAGUAUUGUAAACCUUGUUUGUUAAUAAAAAGUUAAUUAAAAAUUAUGAAUU